AUGGGAUCAGAGGACACUGGUGCAGGCGAUAAAGAGUUCGACGAGGACAUUCCACCUUCGCCAGCGACUAUCCGCAGCCAGGUCUCGAACUGCCCUGAAGAGCCCAAGAAGAAUGGAGAAGGACGUCUUCAAUUGAUUCUCAUCAGACCAGCUGCCAUCAUUAACAGUAGCAUACUAUCCAAGCGCGAGCUCCGUAGCGUCGCCGACCGGGACGAUGGCGAACACGAGGAUGACAACCUCUCCGCCUUCGGUUCCAGAGCUGAGGGAACGAACGAGGAAGGUCAGGGCGGGAAGAGGGCAUACGUCGGUCGUCAAGGGGGGUAG